CAUGACAAUGAGCUGGCCACCUUUGUCAUUGGUGUUGGUAACAUGACUGUGAUCAAUGUGUUUGGAGAGAACCCGUCAGAAAUGCAAGAUGUUCUCCAGAUCGCUGUGCAGGCUUUCCUGAGGAUGAAGAAAGUCAAUCUUUCCCCCAGCUGCCUCUUUGUCCACCAAAAUGUGGGAGAAGCAACUGCCAAGGAGCAGAACAUGGAAGGACAAAGGCGUUUGCAAGAAAAGCUGGAUGAAAUGACCGUGAUAGCUGCUCAGCAGGAAUUCUGUGACAUCUCCUCCUUCAGCGAUGUCAUUGGCUUUGAUGUCAACACCCACAUUCACUACUUUGCUCACCUGUGGGAAGGAAACCCCCCAAUGGCACCACCCAACCCCACCUACAGCCAGAACGUCCAGCAACUAAAGAGCAAAAUCCUCCAGGCUGCCAAGAAGCAGUCG